GCAGUAGUAAUUCGCAAAGAAAAUGGCCUCUACGGAAACCACUGGCAGCAGCAAGAAGCUGCGCGUGCUCCUCAUCCCCUUCUUCGCCUCCAGCCACAUCGGACCCUUCACCGAGCUCGCCGUUAGCCUUGCGACGGCCAGACCACAGGCCGUAGAGGCCACCAUCGCGGUGACGCCGGCGAACGUGCCGCUCGUCCGGUCGUUGCUCCAGCCGCACGAGAACGGCAGUGGCAUACCGGUGAAGGUGGCGACGUACCCGUUCCCGGCCGUGGACGGCCUCCCCAAGGGCGUCGAGAACCUCGGUGCGGCAGCGCAGGCCGACGCAUGGCGCAUCGACGUGGCUGCGCUGAGCGAUACACUGAUGCGGCCCGUCCAGGAAACGCUCAUCAGGGCGCAGUCACCGGACGCGCUCGUCACCGACGUGCACUUCAUGUGGAACGCCGGCGUCUGCGACGAGCUCGGCGUGCCAUGCGUCACGUUCAACGUCAUCGGUGCCUUCUCGACGAUCGCGAUGCGGCAUCUAUUGGGCCGCGUUUCCAACGGCGAGCCGGAGGUGGUGACCACCAUCCCUCGGUUUCCGGCCCCCGAGAUACGAGUGCCGGCGGUGGAGCUGCCGGAGUACUUGAGGAGCCAACGGAAGGGUGGCCAAUCCACCUUCCACCGGCUCUAUGCGGUGCAAGGUGACUGCUUCGGGCUGGCCGUCAACACGUCACCAGCUCUGGAGGAGCACUACUGCGGGAUGUACGUGGGCAAUGGCUACGCGAAGCGUGCGUACAUGCUAGGCCCGCUGUCACCGCGACUGCCGUCGUCACCGGAAGCCGGCGACUCACGGUACACCGACUGGCUUGACUCGAAGCCGAGCCGGUCGGUGGUGUACCUGUGCUUCGGCAGCCUCGCCCACGUCUCCGACGCUCAGCUGGACGAGCUCGCUCUCGGGCUCGAGGCCUCAGGGAUGGCGUUCCUGUGGGUGGUGAGGACGGACAAGUGGUCUCCCCCGGAGCGGUGGCACGAGCGUGUUGGAGGCAGGGGAAUGGUGGCCACCGCCUGGGCUCCGCAAAGGGCUAUCCUGGGGCACCGGGCGGUGGGGGCCUUCGUGACGCACUGCGGAUGGAACUCCGUCCUGGAGACGGUGGCGGCGGGCGUGCCGGUGCUCACAUGGCCCAUAGUGUUCGAGCAGUUCAUCACCGAGAGGCUGCUCACGCAGGUCCUAGGGAUCGGGGAGCGGCUGUGGCCGGACGGCGCCGGCGUUCGGAGCACGAGGUAUGAAGAAAACGAGGUAAUCCCCGCCCAAGAUGUGGCACGGGCAUUGACGACCUUCAUGCAGCCUGGAGGGCCGGGGGAUGCGGCGAGGAGAAGAGUCAUGGAACUGGCCGCCAAGGUUCACGCCGCGGUGGCGGAAGGAGGAUCCUCCGACCGUGAUCUGCACCGCUUGAUAGAUGACCUCAUGGAAGCUGCCGGUGCCGGUGCCGGAAGGACGACGAUAUGAAGUCAGACUUGCUCAAAAUCCUUACUAUUGAAUGAUUCGUCCAAAGCAUUCCUUACAAGGACAACGUUGCCAGCUGGGUACAAUAUGGUAAAGACGCAAGUUUAACCAGGAUCCGAGAGAUGGAAUGGAGCCAUGCGAGUUGUUUGAAAGAUCAAGUGCUUGAAGAUUUAACAUUUUUUUUUGAGAAAAGGCGUAUUGCCAUCUUACAUCGUCCCAAGGGCAGGAUUACACUCAUUUGCUAGAGCCUCUCGUAAGUCAUAUGGGACAUCUGCUACAUACAUAACAUCCCCUGUCCUCCUUGCAUAUGCGGCCAUUUCAUGAGCCAAUUUGUUCCUGUUUCGUUUGACUGUGCUGAUCGACACCUCUUCAAAACUAUGCAUAAGGUAUCUCACGUCAGUAAUCAAAGGGAAUAGUGAGGAGAGAUUAGCAUCUUUGCUCUUCAGCAGUGUGGCUGCAUUUGCACAGUCCGUCUCGAUACAUAGCUUCCCCCAAUAGCGCUUCCUUAAUUCUGCUAAACCAUAGAGGAUGGCGGCCAUUUCAGCUUCCUCGGACGAGCUGCAUGGAGUCAGUUUUUUACAGAUGGACAGAGCAACACGUCCGUUACAAUCUUUGACAACAAUGCCUGCAUAAGUCUCUCCAGUACUAAUUAAGAAUGAUGUGUCGCUGUUUAAUUUCCAGGUCCCGCUGUCUGGCGGCAGCCACCACUCAGUCUCGUCAGCGUUUUCUGAUAGUGUGGCAUAAUUGGGGUUGUUGCUUCUGCUUGUGAUUGAACUGUCAGCCAUGGGAGCAGUAAUCCC